AUGAAGCAGCAUCACAAAUUGACGUUGAUACUGUGCGGGAUAUGGGUUUGCACUCUGCUCUAUGGCGAGAUGUUUGCUUUCUGGCUUCCAUUUCUCUCCUCUUGUUCCUGGCCUCAUCUUUCCCCUUCUCCUAAUUCCACCAUAAAUGGGGUUCAAUCUCCCACGGAUUAUGUUAAAGUUGCUGUCGUAACAGACCAACAGCUAAUGGACAAAACCUCUAUUGGUCUACCUCCAAAAUCAUUUCUUUUGGAGACUGUGAAGUUCUAUACUGAUUUAUACAUGCGCCGCGCUUUCUUUUCAUCUAUACUCCCUUUCAAACCUGAUGUCGUCUUGUUUCUCGGUGAUUACUUUGAUGGUGGCCCUUUUUUAUCAGAUGACGAGGUUUACUUCAUUCCUGGAAACCAUGAUAUCGGCUAUGCAAGUAUCAACUCUCAUAACCCAAAGGUGAUUGAGCGCUAUGAGGGAGAAUUUGGGAUCAGAAACCGUCGGUUCACAAUUGGAAAAGUGGAGUUUGUUGCUGUUGAUUCUCAAGCUCUAGAUGGGCAGCCACAAGGGAAUCUGGCGUCAAUGUCUUGGGAGUUCAUAAAAAAUGUCUCCAUCGAUGUCCAAUCUCUUCCAAGGGUAUUAUUGAGCCAUAUUCCUCUGUAUCGGCGGGAUUAUACUUAUUGUGGUUCUCAUCGUAGUUCCCCAAUCAUCAAUCAGCGGAUCUCACAUUCUGCUAACAAUCAUGAAAUAGUGUACCAGAAUUUUCUUACCGAGGAAUCUUCAAACCAAUUGCUGGAUAUGAUCAAACCUGUAUGUUGUGCUUCCUUUGCAUUCUGUUAUGACCGUUUGUCCAGGAAGCCUGACAGGCUGAAAGAAGUUUCUGUGUUUGUGACAUUUCCCUCAAUUCCAGCACUCGUUUUAUCCGGCCAUGAUCAUGACCAGUGCACAGUGACCCAUGAGUCAAAAUUUGGGCCAAUAACGGAGCACACUGUAGGGACCUUAAGUUGGCAGAUGGGAAAUUUGUAUCCAUCUUUCAUGCUAUUAUCUGCUAGUAACUCUGCAAGUGCAAAUGCAUCCACCUCAGAAGGAGCAGUGAUGACUCAGCUGUAUCUUUCGCUCUUUGCUCUGACCCUUCUUACUCUCCUCUUUUGGCCAACAAGUGGUGUGGAUUUUGGGCAUCAUUUCAGUGAUUUAAUGGCAUCUAUUAGACUAUAUAGCAGUAUGUUCAAAGGGACCAAAGAGAAAAAUGAAGAUGAGGAUUGUGAAUUUGAGAUGAUGUGGGAUGCAGAAGGAACGAUGCACCUUGUAAAGAAAGCACGAGACACCCUUGUUCCACGUCCAAGUGAUAAAGCUUCAAUGGAAAGGGGUAACGUGAUAAUGCGGCCAACUGCAAGAAAAAAUACUUCUCAGGACACACAGUUUUCUAUGAACAUAGACAUAAAUGCAGAUGUUGGAUUUGAUAAACUACCACAUAGAACCAGCAAAUCAAAGACAAAGAUCAUUAUCCACAGACUAGUGCGUACAUUCCGAAUGUUCACAGUCAUUGCUGCAGUAAAUGUACCUCUUUACAUGAUGUUACUCUUCAAGGAUUGGAUUGACUAG